UAGUGACAAAUAUGAUUGAUGUCAUGUAGCUUAUAUAAAGUAUGGAUAUGUUACAAGGAAAAAAAGUUAUAUCCAAAGAUGGAAGCUUCCAUCCUGUUAAGAAUGUGCUGAGAAACAAAAAGAUUGUAGUCUAUUUCUUCAGUUCAUCAGCUGUAAAUAGACCUGACCUAAUGCAGAAACUGAGAACUGUAUACCAAGAGAACUUAAAAAGAGCUACCGGGAUAGAAGUAAUAUACGUGUCGUCUGACAUAGACGAGGCUAAAUUUAAAUACGAUUAUACUAUACGACAAGGACCAUGGCUUGCUAUACCAUUUAAGGACCCCUUGGCAGAUGAGCUGAGGUAUUUUUAUGGCGUUAGCAGUUUGCCAAUGUUAGUAGUGGUAAAGAAGGAAGGUGAUAUUAUAACAAAAAAUGGUAGACAAGAAUUAGAGUCAUUGGGAAUUGAUGUCAUAGUAACUUGGACCGAAUACAUUCAACAAUAAAUUUAUAUAGUGUAUUUUA